UGAAAGCACCCUGUUUCAACGGCCGAGUCGUUUUCGAAGCCAUUGUAAAUUAGAACCGUCGAACGUGCGUUGCCUAGCAACCACGUUGUUUUGUGAACGUUUUGUGUACUCUUGUAGGACUAGCUAGUUAGCUAGAGGGUAGCUAGCUAGCUGUCAAUGACGACACAUUAUGCUGUUCAGUUAUUUGUAUUUUUGUCUUUUGAUCGCAUUUAGCCUUUUCCACAUUAAAGUAAUACCAAAGGCCAUCCUUAGCGAGUAGAUACUUUAAAAGAACUCAGGUUUAUCAAAUGAACGUCUUCACUUUCAAAAUAAAAGCCUCUUCAGCGAACAGACGUUGUAACAUUUUACGCGAACUUCCGGUUUCGCAUUGAUUUUCUGACUGACUUGACAUUGUGGGGGGUGUUCACUCACGUGUACGCGCGCGCACGCUCUCCUCGGUAUCUCAAACACACACACACACACACACACACACACACACACUUACCCCUUUCUCUUUUCAAAAGGCCCUUGUGAAGCAGAUUGACAGGCUAGAAUGAAAAUGAGGCGGACGCUCGGUCACGAUUUCAGUGCGUACGCGUCCUUUUGAGAAGACCUCUAAACUUGGAUCAUAUCACCAUGGGAGCUAUUUGGGCUGCAAGGGACUUUUGUUUGUUUUUGCUCUUGUUAAAUAGUCGCCAAAACACAGCGCUUCCAGAGAUUCGAGCAGAUCCAUGUGCAGAGGGAAGCGACGGCUGUCACAUUGAUGCUAUUUGUCAGACUACUCAAAGCUCAUACAAGUGCACGUGUAAAGCAGGAUUUAAAGGAGAUGGAAAACACUGCGAAGAUACUGAUGAAUGUGACUUGGAGUAUAAUGGUGGCUGUGUGCAUGAGUGCAACAAUAUACCAGGCAAUUAUCGCUGCACUUGUUAUGACGGAUUCAAUUUGGCCCAUGAUGGACAUAACUGUCUCGAUGUGGAUGAAUGCAAGUUCAACAAUGGUGGGUGCCAACACACUUGUGUCAACACCAUGGGCAGCUAUGAGUGCCGCUGCAAAGACGGCUUCUUCCUCAGCGACAACCAGCACACAUGCAUCCACCGCUCUGUGGAGGGCCUCAACUGUAUGAAUAAGGAGCAUGGCUGCGCCCACAUCUGCAAAGAGACACCCAAAGGGGGUGUAGCCUGUGAGUGUCGUCCGGGCUUUGAGCUGGCCAGGAACCAGAGAGGCUGCAUCUUAACCUGUAACCAUGGCAACGGAGGCUGCCAGCACACCUGCGAGGACACGGAGAACGGCCCCAUAUGCAGGUGUCACGUCAGAUAUACCCUGCAGCCCGACAAGAGGUCGUGUGUGGAACGAGAUGAAGCCACCACUGAGUCCUCGGACCACAACGCCACAUCCUUUACUGAGGUGGACAAACGAGUUAAACGAAGACUGUUAAUGGAGACCUGUGCGGUGAACAAUGGAGGCUGUGACUGUACCUGUAAAGACACAUCCACAGGCGUGCGCUGCAGCUGCCCUGUCGGCUUCACGCUGCAGCCGGAUGGAAAAACAUGCAAAGAUAUCGACGAGUGUGAGCUUCACAACGGCGGCUGCGAACACUCCUGCAGGAACACCAUCGGUAGCUUUGAGUGCAACUGCAGAAAAGGCUUCAAGCUGCUGGCAGAUGAACGUUCUUGUCAAGAUAUAGAUGAGUGUUUUUUCGAGCGGACAUGCGAUCACACAUGUGUGAACUCCCCUGGUGGUUUUCAGUGUCUGUGCAACAAAGGCUACACCAUGUACGGACUGGCCCACUGCGGAGAUAUAAAUGAAUGCAGUGUGAACAAUGGCGGUUGCGAGCAGGGCUGUGAGAACACCAUGGGUGGAUAUGAAUGCUUCUGCCAUCCUGGCUAUAAGCUACACUGGAACAAAAAGGACUGCGUUGAGGCUGAGGGUUUACCACCUGCUAACCCCCCCUCUAAACCUACCUUGAACUGUAGUAAGCAGGAGGGAGGGGACCGCUGCUUCCUGACAUGCCAGUCUCAAGUUCACAUCAGCAGUGGUACGGAGGAUUCCUACACGGUGACCUGUGGAAUGCCUUUGCCUUGCCUGGCUGACGGACAAAAGAACAACAGCGGCUUGAACUGCUUAGGUAGAGAAAUGGCCAGUGUUCCACGCAUCAAGACCACAGCCACGUUUAGGUCUGGCACUGCAAAAUGCAACUUAAAGCGAAGUCAGGAGAAACUCAAGCAGAGUUUAAACUCAGCACACUCAGAUAGCAGGUUCCUCUUCACUGAAAAUGUCCAGUUCAGCUAUGUGAGCCUGCGUUGCACCUCGUCCGGACAGCGAAUGCGCAGCCGCCACGGCAGGAAAGCUGGCGAGGAGGACGGCUCCUCGAUUACAGCUGAGUUUGAGCUGGAUGUGAACCUAGAGGAGGUAACAGCAGAGAGCUGUGACCUGAACUGUGUCCGCCGACGCUCAGAAAAGAGGCUCAGGAAGACCAUCAGGACCCUGAGGAAGUCUAUCAACCGGGAACAGUUCCACCUUCACUUUGCUGGGUCUGAUUACGAGCUCAGCAAGAGUCUGGGCCAGUCGGCAGAGCUGCCAGGACACUGUGCGGCGGGACAGGUGCUGAUGGGCAGGAAAUGCGUGAGCUGCAGUGUUGGGACUUACUAUGACGGGGAUCAGGGAAGGUGUGUGUUGUGUCCCGCUGGAACAUAUCAGGAUGAGGAGGGACAGAUGUCUUGUGAGGUCUGUCCUGGACCUGAAGGAAGAGAAGUCUCCAAGGUGGUCGGAGCUCGAAACAUGUCAGAAUGCGGAGGUCAGUGUUCUCCUGGUCAAUACUCUCAUGAUGGCUUCAUCCCCUGCCUGCCCUGUCCACUGGGGACGUACCAGCCGGAAGUGGGACGCACCUCCUGCUUCCCUUGUGGAGGAAACCUGGUGACCAAACGCAGUGGGGCCAUUACCUUCCAGGAGUGUGAGACCAGAGUUCAGUGCUCUCCGGGACAUUAUUACAACACCAGCACACACCGCUGUAUCCGCUGUCCCACGGGCACGUAUCAAGGGGAGUUCGGGCAGAACUACUGCGUCGCCUGCCCUGGAAACACGACCACCGACUUCGAUGGCUCCACAAACAUCAUGCAGUGCAAAAACCGUCAGUGUGGAGGAGAGCUGGGAGACUUUACAGGCUACAUUGAGUCCCCCAACUACCCGGGGAACUACCCAGCCAAUGUCGAGUGCACCUGGACCAUCAACCCGCCACCCAAACGCAGGAUCCUUAUUGUCGUCCCAGAAAUCUACCUGCCUAUUGAGGAUGAGUGUGGAGACUACUUAGUAAUGAGAAAAAGCUCCCUCUCCAACUCUGUGACAACCUACGAGACUUGUCAGACAUACGAACGUCCCAUUGCUUUCACCUCCCGCUCCAAGAGGCUUUGGAUACAGUUCAGGUCCAACGAGGGAAACAGCGGGAAAGGCUUCCAGGUCCCGUAUGUGACGUAUGAUGAGGACUACCAGGAACUGAUAGAAGACAUAGUUAGAGAUGGAAGAUUGUAUGCUUCAGAGAAUCACCAGGAAAUUCUCAAGGACAAGAAACUCAUGAAGGCGCUGUUCGACGUGCUGGCUCACCCACAGAACUUUUUCAACUACACAGCACAAGAAUCAAGAGAAAUGUUCCCCAAAUCUUUCAUCCGCUUCCUGCGAUCCAAAGUCCUGAGAUUCCUUCGCCCUUAAGAUGGUCCAGUCGCUGUACAGUUUCUGGAUAUUUCAUGAAAAACGUAGAUUAGAUACUGACCACAGUAUCUGUUUUAUCCACUGACCCCUUUAAGAAUAUUCUGUACUUAUCUGUUUUCACAUGGACUGAUGCUAGAGUGGACUGCAACACAUGAUAAAACAUAUCCCGAAGAGAAAGUGGACAAGUCAAGCAAGUGGACUUUUUAGUUGGAGCUUUAAGAGGGAGACGUGAACAGUGGGAUGUGGACUGCUUCGCUUUUGUUUUAAUUAGCAACAGAAGGAUUGUAAUGACUUUAUACCCGCCUUUAGAAUUUAUAGUCAGCUUCUCAGGAUCUCAGGAUGUUCUCAAAGUACGGGUCCGUCUUUUUGAAUUUUGCUAAAUACUGUACACGCCAGCGUUAUCACACAUUUUCUAAUAGCAUCAAAAAACAAAUACAGUAGCUAAACAGAUAUAUGCUGAACACAGGUGAUACUGUUUAUUGCGUGUUUAUCUAGUUGUCACGUAGGCUACGUUCACAGGUAGAGGUUGACUGACAGAAUUACUGCUAAGAGUCAGAAACAAAUAUAGCACAAAUGUUUUCUCGGGAACAUUAUCACUACUAAAGAAGUAGUGGCACCACAAAAGCAAUUAUUCUGAUGAAUGUUUUGUAUAUGAUGUAAAAAGUUUUAGAUAAAACGCUAAUGUAUUGUAGCAGCUACAUACAUUUUUGACACUGUAGCAUUGCUGCAAUUGCUGGUGGCCCAUGUAUUUGAUGAUAAAAGGCGAGUGAAUGAGUGAUAAAACAAAACCUUUUCAAUUUCCCCCAAACAAGUUACAGUGGCUUUGCUGCAUUUAUGAAACAUGAACCGUUUCAGCAAAAAUUACACCAGUAUGCAUCAGUACAUUGUUUAUUGUGAACUAGCGACCAAAGACAACUGUUCAGACACUGCAGACACAGAGAGAGGGAAGUGAAGUGAUUUGAGAGAGUGAACGAAACAAGGUCAGAAAAUAAAUGAAACGUCCUGUAAAACAGAACUGAGCUAUUCACCUGUCUUAGAUGACACACGUAUGUAUAUUUUUAUGGUUUUGUACAUCUAAUAUGCUGUAAAUAAAGAUAGGAAACCUA